AUGAGGAGAGUCCUUGAUUCUCCAGAGCAGUCUUCAUUCAUGGUCCUGAGCAGAGGCCAUGGGAUGGGGCUCUGGGGAGUGACUCAUGACACCUCCCUAGGAUGUGGGAAACACGCCGAAUCUAAACACAUCAGGACACCUCUCCUCCAUCAUCUUGGACUGUCCGAAGCACUACUGAAUAUUUCUCUCAUACCCACUAUGAGGACCAAUCAAGCUGCUGUAGCCAAACCCUCUGCCCCCGUGGUAUCGGGCCCGGCAGCGAGGACCAUGCCUGAGCACACAGUGAGCUUCACCUGCGAGUCCCACGGCUUCUCUUCCAGAGACAUCACCCUGAAAUGGUUCAAAAAUGGGAACGAGAUCUCAGACUUCCAGACCAACGUGGACCCAGCAGGAGAGAGCGUGUCCUACAGCAUCCACAGCACAGCCAGGGUGGUGCUGACCCGUGGAGAUGUUCACUCUCAAGUCAUCUGCGAGGUGGCCCACGUCACCUUGCAGGGGGACCCUCUUCGUGGGACUGCCAACUUGUCUGAGGCCAUCCAAGUUUCACCCACCUUGGAGGUUACUCAACAGCCCAUAAGGGCAGAGAACCAGGCAAACGUCACCUGCCAGGUGAGGAAGUUCUAUCCCCAGAGACUACAGCUGACCUGGGUGGGGAAUGGAAAUGUGUCCUGGACAGAAACAGCUUCGACCCUCACAGAGAACAAGGUCACUGUGAACAAGGAUGGUACCUACAACUGGAUGAGCUGGCUCCUGGUGAACACCUGUGCCCACAGGGACGAUGUGGUGCUCACCUGUCAGGUGGAGCAUGAUGGGCAGCAAGCGGUCAGCAAAAGCUAUGCCCUGGAGAUCUCAGUGCACCAGAAGGAGCAGAGAUCAGAUAUCACCCAUGGCCUAGCACUGGCUCCUACUGCUCCACUUCUCGUAGCUCUCCUCCUGGGCCCCAAGGUACUACUUGUGGUUGGUGUCUCUGCUGUCUACAUCUGCUGGAAACAGAACGCCUGA